CGGACAUGGAUGACACAUCAACUGCUGAAAACUACAAUUUGACUGAAUCUGAAAUUUUAGUUUCUGAUAUAAAGAAAGAAUCAGAAAAUGCUGUAUCAAAGGAGUUGCCAUUUUACAGAAACAGAAUUAUACUCGGCAAGAUACAUGUAGAUGCGUCAGACAAAGUAGCUAAUUAUGUUAUUAAUAAUGAAGAGAAACUAAAGCCUGAUUCCGGUUUGGCAGCGGCAAUAAACUCUGAAGCAGGUAGAAGCAAGAUAAGUAAACAGUAUUGUGAAUUUGAACAGUGUUUGCAGCUUAAAAUUAUUCUAACUGACUGUUAUACAUCUCUAUUGGACAAUACCUGUUACUGUGCUCAGUGUGCAGUGUUGUUCCCCACCACUGAAGCGUAUAGUGAACAUAACACGAGUACACACACCGAGACCACUCACUCAACUAAAGCCUCCGCUUACGUUGAAAAAUGUAAAAAGUUGGUUCAUAAGGGGGCAUUCGAGUGUGAUACCUGCAAUAAAAGAUUUAAUUCUUUAAGUAAAUUAAAUCUACACAGGUCAAUUCAUACUGGCGAAAAGCCAUUCGAGUGUGCAACUUGCCAGAAAACAUUUCGUCAAUUAGGUCAUUUGACCAGACACCAGUUAAUUCACUCUGGCCAGAAUCCAUGUGUGUGUACAAUUUGCAAGAAAACAUUUAGAGAUCCUUUCACCUUGAAAAUGCAUAAUCUCAUUCACACUGGCGAUAAACCAUACGAGUGUAAUACUUGCAAGAAAUCAUUCAGGCAUCUUAGCUCUUUAAGACAACACGAGCUAAUGCACACUGGCGAUUUUCCUUUCAAGUGUAAAUAUUGUCAGAAAAGAUUUAAGCGUAAAUACCGUUUAACACAACACGAAUUAAUUCAUACUGGUGAAGAGCCAUUUGAAUGUGAAAUUUGCAAGAAAAUAUUUACAGACCUGUACUAUUUCAAGAGACACAAGUUAAUUCACUCUGCCGAAAAGCCGUUUGAGUGCGACAUUUGCAAGAAAACUUUUGACCGAAAAAGUAGUUUGAAAAGUCACAAGUUAGUUCACACUGGUGAAAAGCCAUUUGAGUGUGACACCUGCAAGAAAACUUUUAAUCAUCGAAGUAGUUUGAACUGGCACAUGUCAAUUCACAUUGGCGAAAAGCCAUUUGAGUGUGAUACAUGCAAAAAGACUUUUUAUCGACAAAGAGAUUUGAAAGUUCACAAGUUAAUUCACACUGGCGAUAUUAAACAUGAGUGUGGAACUAGCAAGAAAACUUUUUAUCAAGGUAGAGGUUUGAAUGAACCCAACCUAAUUCACACAGGCGAAAAACCAUUCAAGUGUAAUAUUUGCCAGAAAUCGUUUAGGUAUUCAAGCAAUUUGAGUCAACACAAGUCACUUCACACUGGUCAAAAGUCAGUUGAGUGUGACACUUGCAAGAAAACAUUUAGCCAGAAAAGAUGUUUGAUUAGACACAUCCAGUCAAUUCACAUUGGCGAAAAGCGAUUUCAGUGUGACAUUUGUAAGAAAACAUAUAGCAGAAGACGUCAACUGUACAUACAUAUCCAGUUAGUUCACACCGGCGUCCCUGCAGCUCGCCCCUAGCUGCCCUCGGCGCUGGGAGCGGCACCCCCCCCCCCCCCCCGGCUGCACGCGAGACACGCGCCGACAUGCAAGAGGACCUUGAGACCUGUGCCUGAAUAAAAAAAUGUGUAGUUACGAUAUAUUUAUUUUAAAAGGGCAAUUUAAAAGUGGGUGCAGCAAUGCACCUCUGCCUACCCCGCAAGGGAGUACAUUAGUACAAGGCGUGAGUGCGUGUGUGUGUGUGUAGGGCAAUUUAAGAGCUGCUAUAAAAUUUCCCAUUACUACCUACUUUGUAUAAAUAAUUGUUACUGUUAAUAUUAUUAGGUACGUACUGUUUCUACUUGUUGGUUAACAUGACUUAAUGCAAUAUAUUUUAUA